AUGGCUGAGUGUGAGCUUUGCAGGGCGGUGAGGGCGAUGGUUUACUGCAAGUCGGACGGCGCCGCCCUGUGCCUGAAGUGCGACAGCUACGUCCACUCCGCCAACGCCGUCUCGCUCCGCCACCUCCGCUCUCUAAUCUGCGACCGCUGUUUCUCAGAGCCCGCGGUUGUACGCUGCCUCGACGAGAAGCUCUCCCUCUGCGAGACAUGCGACAGUGGCGGGUGUGCCCAUUCCCGCCGCGCAAAGCACAACUUUUACAAUGGUUGUCCUUCCGUCACCGAGCUUUAUAAAAUGUGGCCGCUCACUCUUGAGCCCGACCAGGAAUUUGGUGAUAACGAGAAUGAGAUUAUGCCGUUUGACACAUGGCCAAUUCCGUCUCCACCUCCGCCACCGCCCCCACCGCCUGAAUUUCUGCCGUCCACGUAUGGCAGGGAGUGUGAUAUCAUGUUUUUCGAUAAGCAAGAUUUCCAUGUGAUGAUGGAGGAUUAA